ACGCUUUCAGUUUCAGAGGACUGCCGCGAUUUGGGGAGCGAGGAGUAACAGAAAGGCGAGAGAUGAACGGUACAGAAGAAGGAAAGAGAAUGAGAUCCGACAACUGCAAUUCUUUCAUUUUGAGAAAAAUUUGAAGGAUGGGCUCCAGUCGUCUAUUUGCCCGGUGAGGUCAAUUAAGCUGAGGAAUGAAGGUCCUUCAUUUACCUUUAAACAUAAUUAAUUGCAACCACAGCAGCUGCUUGAGCAAAUGCUUUGUACGGUGUCUUCAAAGUCCAAAGCAUCAGCCGAUCGACGUUACUCUCUAAACCAGACUAAUUAUGUAUAUAUGGAGAGGCAUGAAGCAGAUGAAUACGAGAAUGGAGCACCUCUACCGUACUAUGGCAUUAUCAUCUCUGGAAUGUAUAUAUAUAUAUAUACAUAAUGAGAAAGAAAAGAGAGAAAGCCAGAGACCGAAGACUCCAUCAAGUUGCAAAUGUUUAGACAUCACCAUCUACCAUCACUUAAUUGAAAUUUCUCACAAGGAAUGCAACUAACAUCUCAAUGCAGCACCUGCAAGAACCUGAUGAACCAAUGUCAGAGUAAAAUGACAUUCAAGUUGGGUUGAAAUUAGAAGGGCAAUGAUGAGCGAGAACUUAAUUAAUCGUAGGUAAAUAAAAUUGUUGGAGCUGUACGUGGCGUCAAAGUCGCAAGAAAUGGCAGCAAACUUUUACCUUUUGUCAAAGUUUUAGGUGUAUGGCUUUUCUUAUUUCAUGGAUGUAUAUAUCUAGUCAAAUGUUAGGUGAA